CCCCUCCUCUCUCAUCAAACAUCACAAAACUUGGUCGUAUCCUCACCGCUUCGGCUCGCUCGCCAAGCAGCGCCCGCCGCCAACCAUGGCGCUCUCUCCCGUCGUCACAACCACUUCUUCCUCCGCCCAGAACCAAAACGCCGACAACUUCCAAACAUUACGAGCCGUCUCCUCACCUCUCAAGGCCCUCACUUCCGGCUCAGGCCAGACUUCGUCCAAUGGCACCCCCAAACCCGCCCUCGCGCCCGCGCCGCCAACCGGCCAGACGCUCGCUCCGACGCUCGAUCUCGCCGAGCAGAUGAACGAAGAGGAAAAGCGCAAAUACGUCAAAGGCAAGAAGCUUGGUGAAGGUACCUACGCCGUCGUUUUCCUCGGCCACCUGCGCUCCAGCCCGGCAACCCGCGUCGCCAUCAAGAAGAUCAAGGUCCAGAAGGAAUACACAGAGGGCAUGGCCCCCGACGCGGUCCGCGAGCUGAAGCACCUGCAGGAGCUCCAGCACCCAAACAUCAUCUCGCUCCUCUCCGUCUUCUCCUCAAAGGACCAGAACCUCAACCUGGUGCUCGAGUACCUGCCUCUCGGCGAUCUCGAAAUGCUCAUCCGCGACACCGACAACGUCCGCUACGGUGCCGCCGACAUCAAAGCCUGGAUGGGCAUGCUCACCCGCGCCGUGUGGUUCUGCCACGAGAACUUUGUCCUGCAUCGCGAUAUCAAGCCCAACAACUUGCUCAUCGCCGCCGACGGUGAAGUCAAGCUUGCCGAUUUCGGUCUUGCGCGAAGCUUCGCCGACCCUCAUCGCCACAUGACAUCCAACGUCAUCACCCGCUGGUACCGUCCCCCCGAAUUGCUCUUCGGUGCCCGGCACUACAGCGGCGCAGUAGACGUCUGGUCUGUCGGAACCGUCUUCGCGGAGCUCAUCCUGCGUGCCCCCUACAUGCCCGGCAACAACGAGCUCGACCAGAUCAAGAUGAUUUGCGAAUCCAUCGGCACCCCCACAGAAGACAACUGGCCCGGCGUCACCAGACUCCCAGAGUACACCGUGCCAGGCCAGCACCCCACGCGAGGAAGGGACUGGUACGAGAUGCGCUUCGGCAUCGUCGGCACCGACGGCGUCGACCUACUCAUGAAAACGCUGUCUCUGAACCCUCAGAAGCGCAUCACCGCGCGGGAGAUGCUGCAGCACCGCUGGUGGCACUCCGAGCCCAAGCCCACGCGCAAGGAUGACCUGCCGCGCAAAGACGAGAGCGCCGGAGAAGACAAGAUGGGAAUGGAUCUGAAGCGCCGACCUGGAAUGGUGGCGGACGAGGAUAGAGGCGCCAAAGUAGCCCGCAAAUUGGACUUUGGACAGCGGUAGAACAAGAAGGAUUGGUUGCUUGAAGUGUUGGGAGUUUGCCAUUUCUCUUUUUCAUUUUUUUUGCGCUAGGAAAAGCGUUUGAUAAUUGAAUUUUUGCACAUAUACCACAUCAAUGAAGCGGAGUUUAGUCUUCAUGAUAAAUUCAGAGGCCAAUAGAUUACGGCCAGCAAAUAUGUAUAUAAAUAAUUUUUUCCAACUUCAUCACUCUUUCAUCCUCCUUGUCCAACACCGCUAUGUAACGUGAUGUAUAUAUAAAUUCUAUCCAUUUUUAUGCAAUCUAAACACAAUCAUGAUCCAAUUGUGACUUUGAAACCACCCAAUCACUAUCGAGUGUUUUUUUUCUUCAUGUCUCACAUAAAUUCAUCAGCUCAUCACUCCCAUGUCUCUAUCCAACAGAACAAAUCUUAUCCCCCCCCCCUUCUUCUGUCCGCGUCCUUCUCACAUUACCACACAGUCCAUUCCGUACAUUGCUCUCUCCACACUCCUCCUCACCUGGUACCAGUCCGCUCUGCGCUGCGCAUACUCGUACACCUCUUCUGCACGGAACACGCCACUAAACCGAUCACCGUCCGCAAUGACCGUGGCCAUUUCCUUGGCGUGGCUCGGGUCAAUGAGAUAGAUCUGGCUCAGCUCGCGCAGCGCAGUGAAAUAUGGCAGCACUUCUUGGUUUCGGAGCGAUCUCACAUAAUCGGAGAAGAGGUUCAUAUCGGAAAUGAG